AUGGAGCGAGAAUUAAGCUUUGGGCCUAAUCGUAUAACUAUAAAUUUUGAGGAUAUUUUCGUGAACAAUGUUCGGAAUCCUCUAAUUGUUGAUGAGCCUUAUUGUCCGAUGCCUCCUUGCAGCAGUGCAAGCUCAGAUUUGGAUGAGUUAGUGGGAGGCAUACCGCCUACUGAGAAGCUAUUCGUGGGAGGUGAUUUCAAUGGGCAUAUCCGGCCUAUUUCGGGGGGUUAUGAUGAUGUGCAUGGAGAUUUUGGCUUCGGGGACAGGAAUGGAGGAGGAGUUGCACUUUUGGAUUUCGCAAGAGCUUUUGGGUUGGUGAUAGCCAAUUCGAGUUUUCCAAAGAAGGAGGAGCACUUGGUAACCUUCCGUAGUUCGUUAGCUAAGACUCAGAUAGACUUUUUACUCCUUAGGAAGGAUGAUAAAGGUCUCAGGCAAAGACUAUAA